GCCGGAAAGGGCGGGCGGAAGGCGGCCCCCGGCCCCGGCCAGGGACGGGCGCGGCCGCAGGGCCUGGGAGUGGCGUGAGGGCCACUGGCGCGAUCCGGGGACCGCCCGGGCGGCUCACCCGCCUGCCGACUGCAGGACGGCAGCGCGAGCGCGGCGGCGGCGGCGGCGGGGCGCAGCUCCCUCCUCGGUUCGCGCUCGCGCUCUGUGCCCAACCCGGCAACUUCCGGACUCCCGGGUAGGGAGGAGCCCCGGGUCGGCAAUGCCAGCUGUCCUAACACCGAACACACACGGCCGGUGUGGAGAAAGCGGUCGGCCCAGGGUUCCCUCCCCUGCCUUGGGGUGCAUCUGCUCAAACUCUUCCAGUCCCUCAAGCAGAAAUGGUGUGGGUUCUGGGCCGGAACCCUCUUGCAGUGACUCAAAGCCGCCAGCCGUACUGGAAGGACAGGGUGGAUGGCCCUUAGCCUCCUCUCCCUUCUGAACUGGUUCACACCACCCCAGUGGCUUCAGUCCCGGGUGCUGUCGUCUUUUCCCUGUGACUCCCCUCCGCUUUGCUUCUCAUACUUCCUCUGGUUUUCCUGCCUCCCUCUUCCGCGGUGGGAUGCAAAGCUGGACCAAGGCCUCCAGGCAGUUUCCUUGGGGAGAGAGGACCUGCUGUCUACCCCAGGACCCCCAUCUCACCACUGUCGGCAGGAAGAGCUCUGCCAUCAAAGAACACAGCACAGGGCCAGGCCCGGCCCAUGGGCCCUUCUCCAGACAACCCGACGGCACCAGUGGGGCUGCUCUCCUAAGCCACAGAGGGCCUGGGCACACGGUCCUCUGGGAGGAGCCAUGGUGUUUAGGAGGGGCAGGGGCAACUCCCAGUGGUGGCCUGGACUGGGAGGUGGGGGAGGUUGCCCUCGCCCCCUAGGCAUGUUCAGGGCUUUCUUGCUACUUGUCAGCCUGCCUUUGGGAGCCCGGGGAAUAGCCAGUGCCAACCUCAGCACACCUCUGGGCCAUACUGUGCCACUGACAGGGGGCCAAUACUUGAGCAUUGGGGAUGGCUCUGUGAUGGAAUUUGAAUUCCCAGAAGAGAGCGAGGGCAUCAUUGUAAUCUCGAGCCAGUACCCAGGCCAGGGCAACAGGACAGGGCCUGGCCCCAUGCUGAGGGUCACCUCCUUGGACACAGAGGUGCUGACCAUCAAGAAUGUGAGUGCCAUAACCUGGGGUGGUGGGGGCGGCUUUGUGGUGAGCAUCCACUCGGGCCUGCCUGGGCUGGCCCCACUCCACAUCCAGCUCCUGGACCCCCACGAGGCCCCGCCCAUGCUAAUUGAGGAACGGAGAGAUUUCCGCAUCAAGGUCUCACCUGCUGAAGACACCCCCACCACCCUUGGCACCGACUUCAUCCACUUCUCGGAGAACCCAAUACUCUACUUGCUCUUGCCUCUUAUCUUUGUCAACAAGUGUUCAUUUGGGUGCAAAGUAGAACUCGAGGUUCUGAAGGGGCUCCUGCAGAGCCCCCAGCCCAUGCUGCUGGGCCUCCUAGGCCAGUUCCUGGUCAUGCCCUUCUAUGCUUUCCUGAUGGCCAAGGUCUUCAUGCUGCCCAAGGCCCUGGCUCUAGGCCUCAUCAUCACCUGCUCGUCGCCUGGCGGCGGGGGUAGCUACCUCUUCAGCCUCCUCCUUGGAGGGGACGUCACCCUGGCCAUUUCCAUGACUUUCAUCUCAACAGUGGCUGCCACCGGUUUCCUGCCAUUGUCCUCAGCCAUCUACAGCCGCCUGCUCAGCAUCCAUGAAACACUCCACGUGCCCAUCUCCAAGAUCCUGGGGACCCUGCUGUUCAUCGCCAUCCCCAUAGCAGCAGGCGUGGUGAUCAAGUCCAAGCUCCCCAAGUUCUCCCAGUUGCUGCUGCAGGUCAUCAAGCCCUUCAGCUUUGUGCUUCUCCUGGGUGGCCUCUUCCUGGCCUACCGCAUGGGGGUCUUCAUCCUGGCAGGCGUCAGGCUGCCCAUCGUGCUGGUGGGCCUCACAGUGCCCCUGGUUGGCCUCCUGGUGGGCUAUUGCCUGGCCACAUGCCUGAAGCUGCCAGUGGCCCAGCGGCGGACGGUCAGCAUUGAGGUAGGGGUACAGAACAGCGUGCUGGCCUUGGCCAUGCUGCAAUUGUCCCUCCGUCGCCUUCAAGCAAACUACGCCUCCCAGGCCCCCUUCAUUGUAGCACUAAGUGGCACCUCAGAAAUGCUGGCCUUGGUCAUUGGCCACUUCAUCUAUAGCAACCUGUGCCCAGUCCCCUGAGGCCCCUGGGUCAAGCUUUCACCACCCUUCGCCCCCCACCCUCCACCCACUGUACCCACAGUUCUUGUGUACCAAAGGCCUUCAGCUCUCAUGCACUAUGCACUCAGAAAAAAAAUCCAGGCUUAUUUUUUUUACUGGUUUUUUAUUCUCCAGCUUUCAGUGCCAAAGAGGCCAUGCUGAGUUAGGUAGGUGGGCACUGUUCAGAAGAUAUAUUUCAAUAAAAGAGAGAAGCAA